AUGUUCGCUCCGAUUGUCGUCUUCGGCGUCUCUCUCGUCGUCGUGUCGUCUGCUGUCGUCACUCCUGUCUGUCGUCUCUCGCAAUUCGACUCCUGUUUCGCGAAUCUCGCGCUAAAUCUCAACUCUUUUCCCGAAAAUGACGUCAUUUUCGACGAAUUGUGUCUCAAUUUGAAUGAAACGCGAAAAUGCGCGUUCCAAACGGCGAUUCGCGCGCGCUCCCCGUCCAUCCUGUGCUGUGCGCUCUCACGCGCGCAACUCUGCACUGAUAGAGCGCUCAGCACGCGCUGUGGCGAAAGUCACGCGCGUUUCUUCCGCCAAACGCUGCCUUUGGGCGAAAUUUCCCAAAAUUUGUGCCAAAACUCAGAGACGAAAGAUUGCGAGAAAACGCUUCUCAUUGGAUUGGAUGUGAAAUCACGUGACAUUUCGACGCCUUUCACACGCGCUUUGGACGCAGUUUUUGGCGAAAAGUGA